AUGGCGCAGGCGGCGCCGCCGCGCGCGUGGUGGGCGGGGGCGCGGUGCUCGGCGGGCCCGCAUCGCGCGCGCGGGCGUCGAUGCGCGACCGCGGCGAAACGCCGCGUCGACGGUGCCGUCGCGCGCGCGUCGUCGUCGUCGUCGCGUCGAUCGUCCGCUCGCGACGACGACGACGACGAAGACGACGACGCCGCGGACGACACCGCGGCGCCGCCGACGCCGACGCCGAGCUUCCGCCCCGCCGCGCGAGGCGCGCGCGUCGCCUCGCCCGCGACUGGCGCGACGGACGCGACGGGCGCGGGGCGGCGGCAGCAGCGCGAGCUCUUCGCGGGCCUCAGCGCGCAGCUCGGAUUGUACGCGUCGCUCGGGGAUCUCUCCGCGGUCGACGCGUGGCGGUCCGGCAUCAACGCGGCGCACGACGCCGCGGUCGCGAAAUCGGACGCGACCGCCGCGGCGAACGCGAACGCGAACGCGACGCGGCUCGCGCUGACGCGCUGCGGCGUCUGCGGCGCGCUCGGGCACGACGCGCGCGGAUGCGUCCUCGACGCGACGCUCCGCGCGCGACCGAACCCGAACGAGACGACGACGACGAAGACGAAGACGACGACAACGACGCGGGGCGCGAGCGCGUCCGGUCGACGCCGAGGGAAAGAUUUAGUCGCGUACUACGAGCAGAAGUACGGCGGCGCCGACGCGCGGCGCGCGCGGAAGAGCGUGGACGCGCGGGGCCGACCGACGGAGGAGGACGACGUGACGUUGUGGACGAGCGGCCGCGAGGCGAGCGUUCUGAGCGCGUCGAAAGUCUCGAAUCGCUGCGGCGUAUGCGGCGAGCGCGGGCACAACCGCCGGUCGUGCCCGGUCGCGCUGUCGUCCUCGCCCGCGGUGAAGCGAUCGCUCGCGACGCGCAGGUGCGGGAAGUGCGGCGUGUUCGGACACGACGCGAGGACGUGCUGGGGGCCGGGGACGGCGAGGGACGACGGGAAGGAGACGGUCGCCGCGAAGUUGUGGCUGCUUCGAAGGCGCGAGUCGACGUCGGGGUGGUUGUCGCUCUCGGAGGCGUGCGAGACGGUGGGGAUAGACGCGAAGUAUCGCGUGAACGUGAGGAAUAAGGCGACGCGGUUGGAAGAGGCGGGGUGGGACGCGGAGGACGACGACGACUUUUCGCGCGAGGAUUUCGACGGCGAGGAUUUCGACGGCGCGAGCGACGGCGCGAUCGACGCGAGGGAACGCGAGCUCGCGACGUUAGCCGCGGAGGACAUGAUCGCGGACCCGACGCUGUCCGCGGAGGAUGCCGCCGCGAAACGGGGGUUACGACGACACCGGGCGAACUACGUGGGCAUAUUACGGCGGCGGAUGCUGGACGGCGGGCGGAUUAAAUCGAAUUUCCCAGCCACGCAGCCGUGCAGCAUAUGCGGCGAGCACGGUCACAAGAAGACGACGUGCGGGCGACCAGAGGCGCGUUAUUGGGCGGCGCGCCGGGAUCGUAGGAAUAACGCGAGGGCGCUGAUAGACGUAGACCGACGCGACGCGUGA